UUAGCUUGAGUAAAUAUGUUCGAUUUAGGGGUGACCACUGAAACCAAAGUGUCUCGUUCGAAGUUACUGGUGGAAAAAUAUUUAACUGAGCAACAAGGCGAUUUUGGAGGUAACCUGGCUACCUCACCUCUUUCUUCUGCAAGUGCAGGAUCCAACCUCUCUCAACACUGCUCAGUUUUUGCUCCAGUGCAAGGUUCUGGUGAAGAUUAUGAGGGGCUUUUUCGUGAACAGCGUACGAAGGUACUGAUGGAUGGCCAUUCAGAUAAGCGCAAAAAGACAGCUGGUAAGGGAAGAAAGCCCGGUAGACCUCCCUCUUUGUUUGUCAAUGUGUCCGACUCGGAACUUACAGAAGAAGAGAAAAAGUUGAAAGCAAAGAUUUUGAAACGAAGACAAAGACAGAAUAGGUCGUAUCAAAGGAAAAAAUUGGAAAAGAAUAUGCUUCGAAAGGACUCUGGUGCUUCCAAAGUUAUCGAAGCAACAAGUUCUGAGCAAGUUGCUAAGACGGCUCCCACCUUAUUUGGAAGUUCUAGUUCUUCGGUUUCUGUGGAAUGUGGUUACACUUUAUGUAAUACUGAUAACAAGUGUUCGAGUUCCUACAUGGGUGACUUGGAGGGCUAUCCAGCCAAUAGCUUCUCUUGCUCUUCAUCCUUGGAGGAAUCCUCGUUCGAUGAUCCUUUACAACAGCUGUUGAGGCAGGAUAUGGAUGCAGCUUCUGAAACCUGUUGUACAGGGCAAGAUAUUUCACAGUCCAUAUGGCCACCAAAUAGAUUCUUUAUAGAUAAUUCUGCGCAUUGUAUGUUCGAUAAUACUCUUUUAGGAAAGUCUGCUGUGACAGCUUCCACUUGGAAGCGAAUGGAAAAUGUGUUCACUAGUCUUUCCCUAUCCGCCCAAGAAGCGUGGAAGGCGUUUUCUAUCUUUGCUGAUAGUUUUGAUUGCGCUGCUGCUUUCCAUAUCCUUGGAUGGUCUGAAAAUGAACAUUCUAUGUUCUUGAAUACGAUUGAUUCUUUAGAGCAGUCAAAUGUGCUUAAGGUGGAUUCUUCACAAAGCAGAUUGCAACUCUAUCCAGUAGCAAAAUGCUUUAUAGUGGAGCAUUUGUUUAAAAUGAGUGGUUAUUAUCGACAGAAAUUUGAAAUAUUCAAAUAUCGCUACUUGGGAUAUUAUUCUCAGUGGAUUCAGCAACAUGUGAAUGAUGUAAUGUUUCUUCAAUUGGGUAGUUGUAAACAGCAAGCUUUAAGGGUGUAUCAUUUGGAAAAAGCAAAUAUAGAGCAAGCAUUUCAACUUGCAAAGGAAUUGGGUUGGAGAACAUAUCGCUGGUUUGUUGUUGCCACUGGAUGUUUACUUAGAUAUGUUUGGGAUAUUUCCACUAGGAAGGAACAAUAUUGCAGUUUAUUAGAAAAAGAAGAUGCACAAAGCCAUGUCAAGCCAUUAUCGGAUAGUCCCGUUGGAAUAGAACAACUCUAUUUGGAAGACGAGAAUUUGGACACUUUUUU